AUGUCUUCAAAAUGGUUGCCACGAUAUAUGGAAAAUCCCUAUCAAAAGAACCCCAAGAAAGGAGCUGAAUCCGUCACGAAGUCUUGGUUAGAGAAUGAAGCGGAACAGCUUCUGAAGAAAAUAAUGAAUAGACCUUCGAGUAACGAUGAUUUGCAUGGAGGCGCUUACACCGGUGGAGCCGGUAUUGCAUAUGCUCUGUUAAGAGCAUCUUCAUCAUCCUUUAACCACAAUCAAGAGGAAUCAAUGAAAUAUGGAAGGCACAUACUUAUGCAGCAUUUGGAAGCUGCUAGAAAAGAAGAGUCGAAUCGAGAAACGUGUUAUUUGUUGGGGUCAUUAAGUAUUUACGUGAUCUCUAUACUUUACGAAGAAAAAAACGAAAGAAGCAAACGAUUGAUUGACCGUAUUAUUGAGAUUGGUCGUCUUAUAGCAAGCACUGAUGUACUUGGUGAUGGAGAUGACGAGCUGCUUGCUGGACGUGUCGGUUUUCUCGCUGCUGUUAUUACUCUUAGGGAGCAUAUGGCACAUAAAAUCAUUCCUGACGAUUGUAUUGGGAAUGUUAUAAAUAAAAUAGUCGCUUCUGGUAGAUCUUACGCAUCUUCGAAACUGUUUAAGGUGCCGUUAAUGUAUCAGUAUCAUGGACGUCAUUACCUGGGUGCAGCCCAUGGUCUUAUGGGCAUUCUGCAGAUGUUACUUUGUUUCAUUGAAUUUUUGGAUGGGCAGGCGAAAUCCGAUCUCUUGGAAACGCUGGAUUGGAUUGUGUCAUUACAGUUAAAAAAUGGUAACAUUCCGCCAAAAGUAGAAGAGAAAGGAGUCGAUCGAGGUGAAAAUGAACUGGUGCAUUGGUGUCAUGGUGCCACUGGUGCUGUUCAUUUAAUGAUUGUUGCGUAUUUACGGACCCGCAAAGAGAAAUAUCUGGAAAGUGCAGAUGCAGCGUUGAAUCUUAUUUGGCAAAAGGGUAUUCUGAUGAAAGGGCCGGGUAUAUGCCAUGGUACUGCUGGAAGUGGUUAUGCUUUCCUAUUGUUUCACCGACUUACGAAUGAGCAGCGAUACCUGGACUGCGCUCGCUGUAUUGCGAAAGCUUUUUGUAGUGAAAAUUUCCGACGGUGUGCUCGGACCCCUGACCGACCGUACAGCUUAUUUGAAGGGAUAAGUGGAACUUUAUGUUUUAUGUGCGACUUAUUGGAACCAGAUAAGGCACAGUUUCCUCUUGUACCCAUUCCUUUUACCUAA